AUGUAAGAUCUACGGUGUACAAUUGCUGAUCAUAACAAAAAAAAGUUUGUAUCCAUUACUCUUCAGAAAGAAGCUGAUAAAAGAUUAUACUGCUUUUAGUGCUAAAGCGAUGCAAGUGGAGUAGAUUUCUCAAAAUCGCAAUUAGUAAAUAAACUUAAACUAUGCGAUUUGGAUGAAGUAAUGGAAGGAAAUGCUUAUUCUGUAUAUAAUUGGCCAGCAGAUGAUGAAGGAGAGAAGAUUAAGAACUUCUUACUUGUAUACAAGGUAAUUGUUGAAUGUAACUUGUUUUAGAGUGUCGAAUAAUAAAGAAAGGAUAUAGAAGACUUCUUUGUAUAAAUGAAAGUCAAAAUGAAUGAAUAAAUUGAGAAUGUUAAACAACUCUUGGUAGAAGCUCUUAAUGCUACUUAAUUCCUUAAAGAGGAAAAACUUAAAUAAGAAGAGCCAGAGAAAAAAGAUUAAAAAAAGGAUGAUAAGAAAGAAACAAAGAAAGAUGAUAAAAAGGAAACUAAGAAGGAUGACAAGAAAGAUACAAAAAAAGAUGAAAAAAAGGAUGAGAAGAAAGAUCUAAAAAAAGAAGGUAUUUUCUUUAAUCUAUUAUGUUUUAGAAGAGAAGCUAGAUUUAACACCAACUAUUGAAAAUCUAAAGAAAUAUUAUGAUUCCAUUUAUGAUCUUACCAAAAUCAAGACACUUAUUAAAGAAAAUGCAAAGAGUGAUCCCAAUCUUCUUAGUGCUAAAAUCAAUGAAUAUUUAAAUGAACAAAAAAGAUCUGAAUAAAUCAUCAAUAUGAGAAAAGUCUUUAAUGGAAUCUAAUCAGGAAAACCUGGAUUCAAUCAGAUAGCAUCCAAUAAAUAGGCUUUAGAGAGCUAUUGGGGAUAAAUAGAAACUAGCAUUUAAUAGUGGCCUGUAUUUCAUAUUAUUAUUAUAAUAUAGUAUAAAUUUGGAAAAAUCCAAUGGAUUCUAACUCCUUCAAAAGCAGAUGAAUCUAAAUAAAUUAAAUAAUUUGCUCCAGAUUAUAAAGAAUGUUCAGGAGCUGGAAUACAAUCCUAAAUUAUUUAUUCAGAUAUAAGCUUUACCGAAGGCCAACAUGGUUGUAUAAUCUUAUUUAAAGAAUUUGAUCAAAAGAGAGCUGGAUCCAAUGGAAAUUUCUAUGUAGGAGUUGUAUCAGAUAAUAAUAAAGACAAAUCUCCAUAUGGAUAGGGAUAUAGAAAAGAUUUAUUUAGUCAAAAUGGAGAAGGUUUGAAUGUAAGGAUAGGAACAGAUUUUAAUAAUGUAUUUAAAGUAAUUCUAUUUAUCCUAUAGUUUAGAUGCCUCCUAAAUUAUUGGCUGUUAAACUUGAUGUUGAUAGCAACUACUUUGAAAUUUGUGAUGGUAAACGAACAGUUGUCUAUGGAUUGGAUAAAGAGAGCAAGUUAAAAGGUUAAAAGUGGAGAAUCUAUUUCUGGUGGAAUCUAGCAGCUGAUAGAAUCUAAUUAAUCCACAGUUAUUGAGCCAAGUUUAUUUUAUUAACGAAAUAAUAUAGUUUUUAAUUUAUUCAAACCGUCAAAAAUA